AACUAACUCAUUUACGGGAAACGUUCAGUUUUCCCUUAUAAGCUUUAACCAAGCCUAGACUUAAUCGUGUAGACGGCCCAGAGUCCGCGAUUAAACCUAGAGGAGAACAUACAAUCUUCCAGGGAAAAACAACGCCCUCGACCUCAAAACCAAAUUCCGGAAAACUAAAAAAGGAAACAGAAAAAACUACGCGUGUGGUAGCCAAACCGAAGAGAUAUCUAUUCAAUAAUUAUAACUUUAUAAUUAAACAUGGGUGAAACCUAUACCUUUGGCAAUUCACUGGCCUCCAUUACCUGCCACGCCUGGAAUAAGGAUCGCACGCAAAUUGCUUUAUCGCCAAACAACCAUGAGAUUCAUAUCUAUAAGCGAGAUGGUAGCAGCGACUGGAAAUUGUUGGAUAUAUUGAAUCAACAUGACUUACGUGUCAUGGGCAUCGAUUGGGCCAAGAAUACGAAUCGAAUUGUUAGCUGUGCCGCCGAUCGGAACGCCUAUGUGUGGACCCAGGGUGAUGAUGGCAAGUGGAAGCCCACAUUGGUGUUAUUGCGCAUUAAUCGUGCGGCCACUUGUGUCAAGUGGUCACCGGCGGAGAAUAAAUUCGCCGUGGGAUCGGGAGCGCGUCUGAUAUCCGUUUGUUAUUUCGAGUCCGAGAACGAUUGGUGGGUCUCGAAGCAUAUUAAGAAACCCAUACGUAGUACGGUCACCUCAUUGGAUUGGCAUCCAAAUAAUGUGCUUCUCGUGGCUGGUUCCACGGACUACAAGGUGCGUGUGUUCUCUGCAUUUAUUAAAGAUAUUGAAGAGCCGCCCUCGCAAACGCCCUGGGGCGCUCGCAAACCACUCGGUCAGCUUAUGGUCGAGUUCCGGAAUUCGGCAUCCAGCGGUGGCGGUUGGAUCAAUAGUGUUAGCUUCUCGAGCGAUGGCAACAAAGUGUGCUGGGUGGGUCAUGAUAGUUGCAUCAGCAUUGCCGAUGCCACCAAUGGCAAUACCGUAAUCCGGUGUCGUACUGGUUACUUGCCGUUCCUCUCUUGCGAAUGGGUCUCACCCACUUCGGUGGUGGUGGCCGGCUAUAGUUGUGUACCUCUGGUUUAUAGUCUUACCGGAGAUGGUAAAUUGCUGCUUAGCGGCAAAUUGGACAAGUCACAAAAACGGGAAGCGAGUGGCAUUUCGGCUAUGCGUAUUUUCCAAUCGAUGGAUCGUAAUAUGCGUACGGAAAAUACUGAUACAGUGGUGGAUUCAAUUCAUCAAAAUGCCAUCACCAGUGUUCGUCUCUAUGCCGGCGAAAAGUCUAAUGCCACAAAAGUCUCCACAUCGGGUGUGGAUGGGCAAUUGGUCAUCUGGACUGUGGAGCAAGGAGGCAUCAAUGGCGGUAUGCGUAAUCUGCAGAUCUAGAGUCACAUUUAUCUCGCGUGCUUGUGUAAAGUAUUCAAUGUGUAUGUAAGACGUGCACAGUAUUUGCCAAAAUGUUUUCCAAAAUCACUUUCCCCCUCAAAAAAAAAUGUUUCGUGUGAAAAAUGCUUUUUUUACGUUUAUAUAUAUAUAUAAAUAACUGAAGAGAUUGAAGUUGUAUUUUCUCACACACUUCCACAAUAGUUUCAAAAAAAAAAAACAAAGUCUGUGUAUGUA